AUGAUGGCAUCCCAGAUCAGUCAGAACUAUCACCAGGAUUGUGAAGCUGCUGUCAACAAGCAGAUUAAUGUGGAGCUCACUGCCUCCUAUCUCUAUCAGUCUUUGAUGUCCUACUUUGACCGGGAUGAUGUUGCCCUCCCCCAUGUCUCCCGCUUCUUCAAACAUCAGUCCCAGGAGAAGCGGGAACAUGCAGAGAAGCUGCUGAAAUUCCAGAAUCAGCGUGGAGGCCGGGUCCUCCUCCAGGAUGUGAAGAAGCCAGAGAGGGAUGAGUGGGGUAACAGCCUCCAGGCAAUGCAGGUUGCCCUGGAUCUGGAGAAGAAUGUGAACCAGAGUUUGCUGGAUCUUCACCAACUUGCCACAGCCCAGACUGACCCUCAUAUGUCCUACUUUGACCGGGACGAUGUUGCCCUUCCCCAUUUUUCCCAGUUCUUCAAACAUCAGUCUCAGGAGAAGCGGGAACAUGCAGAGAAGCUGCUGAAAUUCCAGAAUCAGCGUGGAGGCGGAGUCUUCCUCCAGGAUGUGAAGAAGCCAGAGAGGGAUGAGUGGGGUAACAGCCUGCAGGCAAUGCAGGUUGCCCUGGAUCUGGAGAAGAAUGUGAACCAGAGUUUGUUGGAUCUACACCAAGUCGCCACAGCCCAGACUGACCCUCACCUGUGUGACUUCCUGGAGACCCACUAUUUGGAUGAGGAGGUGAGGAUCAUCAAGCAACUUGGGGACUACAUCACCAACCUGAAGCGCCUGGGAGCCCCUGAGAAUGGGAUGGGAGAGUACCUGUUUAUACUGUACCUUGGAAACAUGCUGGCGUUAAGCGCUGAUUCAACUUCAACAAUGAAAAACCAAACAUGGAGACAGAAAUGUUCAACGUGCGAUACGUUUCUAGCAGCAGCUGAGACACAGAACCCUGAGGCCUACUGUGUAUAA